GGUCGCUUACGAAAAGCGUCAACAAUCAGUACUGUGACAACUAUUGGGCAGUACACGCAUGCAGGAGGGGCACAGCAGAUACGAUCAAACAGCUCUGUAAAAUGAACUUUUUACGUAACCGACUGGUCGUAUUGGGCCUGGUGCUGUUAGCUACUGUGCUGCUGUACCUGCUGUUACCGGCCAUCAGACAGGGCAGCAUGGAACCGUCCCUGGAGGUUCAGAGGAUGGGACUAUCUGCGGCUUCUCCUGCGCCGCCUCCAACCAUCAACGUUACAGUUCGUACAGGACAGCUUCCCGGCGAUCCCCCAUUGUUCUUCAGGGAGGCCUUGCCUAUUGACGGCGCGGGAAGGCAGAUACUGCCAAGACUGCAGGUGGUUCUUCUGCAUGGCCAGGCAUUCACCUCCAAAACCUGGGAAGACUUGGGGACGCUGGCUCUGCUGGCCACUAAUGGAUAUCAGGCCCUGGCACUUGACCUGCCAGGGUUUGGGAACUCUCCGGACUCGGAUGCAGUGAAGACAGAUCAGAACCGGGUGGACCUGCUGCUGCGGUUUUUGGAGGCGCUGGGGGUUCGUGCGCCUGUCCUGCUCAGCCCCUCCAUGAGCGGCCACUUCUCUCUACCUCUCCUGAUGAAACAUGACUCCCAGCUGCGCGGCUUCAUCCCCAUCGCCCCUGUGGGCACCAGGACCUACACAGCUCAGCAGUACCAGAGCAUCCAGACUCCAACUCUAAUUGUGUACGGAGAGCAGGACACAAACCUGGGGGCCCAGUCCUAUAAGAACCUGAGUCAGCUCCCCCGACACUCGACCGUGCGUCUUGCUGGGGCGCGGCAUGCCUGCUACAUGGACAAACCUCGGGAGUUCCACCUGGCGUUGCUGGACUUCCUGAGCAAACUGGAGUGAGCGGAGGCUGAGGGGUGGGGGGGCUAAGGAGGUGUGGAGGAUAGGGGUGGGGUUAUGACCCUUGGGCAGGGUGGUUGUUGGUUUGAGGACAAAGUAGUGGGAUUGAUUAGGUCUCUGCCAUACCUGUGAAUUUCAGAUGCUGCCUUGGGCUGCUGUGUUAACUGUGACUCAUGUAACAGAGACUUAAAAAAAGGAAUUGUUCCUGGAAGAAAAAAAGAGUUCUCUUCAGUCUUCCCAGUGUCUGGGAGGGGCCCUUUGAGCAACAAAUCGCUGUUAAACUCCCACCAUACAGGGAGUUAUGCUGAAGUCUUUAUUUGUGUUUUUAUGUUUUUAUUCUGCUUAACAGGUUCCCUUGCAGUGUUAACAAAAUUACUGCAGGAUUCAUUAAUUAAUGGCUAAAAAACACUAUGUAAAUUCUCAUAAUUACAAGCUACAUGUGUAGUACAGUGUUAGGUAUGGCAGUAAAAGGCAUUUUACUCUCAAAUCUCUUAUUUUCACCUUUUAAAGGAUGUUACAUAUUUGCUGAACAUGAAUGGAUGCUUCAGUGAAUUAGAA